AUGGCCACCAACGAAAGCGUCGAAGACGGAAACACAAACACAAAAGGAGAACUCGAGGAGAUGCCGCAGAUGAUGGGCCACUUCGAGAACUUUAUGUCAAUCCUAUUUGGUGUCAUCCCGCAUGUGGCGUACGGUAGUGUGGAAAAGGAUGAUUACGGCCGAUCGUCGGAGUUUUCGGAUAUGAGUAAAGCCUUUUGGUGA